AUGAACAAUACGAUAGCGGUUCUAACAAGUAAGUUUGCACAGUUUUCUUCCGCUGCUGGAGAUGGCGUGUGCGGCCCACGUGAGGAGGCCCUCAAGGAGCAGUCUGGCAGUGACGAGGGGGAUGGGAAUGCUCCGUCGACCCACUCUCCUCAAGCUUCUGGGCCCACUGAGGUUUCUCAGCGCGCUUCUAUUCAGGUGCAGUUGGACGCGCUUGCUGCAAAUAUUGACGCCAAGAUUUCUUCUGCUGUUCAUGGUGUUGUGUCUGCGCUGAACGUUCCCCACACGGUUCGCGAGAUGUUUCAAGGUUUUGCAGGGAAAAUUGGACCCGAGAUUGCUGAAGCCGUGACCCCUGGCGUUCUGCAGCGGAUCAUUCCUGACGUCGAAGGUAAGCUUAUGAAGGUUUGGGACCUGGUGGCAGCUGGUGAGAAACGGCUGGAGGCGGCCAUCGAGCUCUCGAGCGGCCCCUCGGAAUCGCAAAUGGCCACGGUUACCGAGCUCACGAACUCCUUGCGCGCUGAGUUCCGCUCCCUCUCUGACCGCCUCGACAGCUUGGAAAAGGCGUCCGUCGGCCUGGAGCUCAGCGGCCGUUCCCCGACCACUACGGUAUGCAAGUAUGGGCGCGCAUGCCACCGACAUGAUUGUGUGUUUGCUCACCCUGAGGGGCGCCGUCUUGACGAGGUGCCUCCUACGCCGGCUCCAGCUCGCGCGAGGGAAGUCUCCGCGCCCGUCCCCAUUUGCGGCAGCGUGGGCCCCUCCCGCAUCGAGCCCCGCGCUACGCCGAUCAACUACCAGAAGUUCGACGACAUCGCUAUGGAGGACGAGGUCGGUGACUACGUGGAGCAGGUGUUCGGGUUCUUCGGCAAGCAGGGGCACUCCUGA